AUGCAUCUCAGACGGUCAAGCAACUCAGCCGAUGGCCAUUCUGUCGCAUCGUCACCUUCGUUCUCCCUAUCAAGUACGAAGCGUCGGUUCCCUCUUUUGAGCAGGAGAAAGAAUCGACAUUCGGAUGUCUCGCAGUCUUCCAUUCCUCCUGUAUCAUCACAACCUUCAUCACCUUCACCCACCCAGAAGGUAGAAAAACCUGGUCUUCGAGUGCAUAUUCAGAUCAAGUUCGAAACCCCACACGCCUCUGAACAUGUCCGCGACUAUGAAUCUUCGUCUCAAUUCAAGGCCACGGAUCGCAUUUGCCAGGCAUUGCUUUCGCGCCUGCAGCAUUGCUCAUCAGAGCUUAUCACACGCCAUGAUAGUAACGCCCUUGAUCCGCUCCGCAAGCCACAUCGUGAUGUAAAGCCAUUGCGUUAUCGCAUCACAUACUGUGUCGAGCGCGAGGGUCUCGUUCUUAUAGAAAAGUCAUUGCGCUCUUUUCAGGAGUUUGAGUUGACACAUGAUGAUGCUCGUGAGGUCGUUGCCGCUACCGACCGAAUCAUCGGCCUCUUUUUAGUGCGGCACGACCCCGGAUUCCGGUGGUCUGAGCCCUCUGAGACCGAGGUGGCCAGCCCGGAAUCAGAGACCUUCCGGCCGUGCACCGGCCGGCCUCAAUCUCUGGCAUGCAUUCCCCGGUCCCAUUUUGUUCACAAAUCUCAGAAUUUCGAGUUUAUUUCUGGAUAUUCCGUCGAGCUUUUCUUGCGCAGCCGUUGCGCCACCCGCUAUCCAGAGAACCGGAAUGCUUCAAUCAAGAUAGAUAGCCGUCAGCCAUCUCCUCUUCCUCUUCUGCUUGGCGAGGAGUUGACAACUCGGGUUUCCAACCUGAUCAUCGACCCCGUCGAUGCCUGGAAACGUAAGUUUGACAAGCGUCAUAAGUCUUGCACUGGUCUGGAGGGCAGCGGUGGCUGCUCGCAUAUUGAAGAUGGGGCUGUUGAUAUUAUGGUCAAGGUGCGCAACCAUAUUGGCCCUGAUUACACCUAUCUCUCCCAUCGUAUCCAGACGAGUAAGGUGCUCUUCAAUGACCAUGAUGGUCGUGACUUUGACGAAUUUGCCAACCAAGUCAAGGCAAAGUUAGAGAAGGCCCGUGACAUGACAGACAAGUCUAUGCGCUCUCUUGACGACCUCACUCUCACCAUUCGUGAGCUCCGCGGUAAGAAUUGGUCUGUCCAUGAGCCUCUUGUUGUACGCCUCGAUCCCACAAUUACAUACUGUCGCCAAACGAUGGAGGCCGUCAUGGAGCGAUUUCAAACAGGUAUUAGCAAUGUCCUCGAGCAUCAUGAGGACGCUCUUGCUACAUUGACAAUCCACAAGCGAGGGCAACUCAUCUUUGAUGGCUUCCUCGAUGGCGCUGGCGGUGGCGACAAUGUGCAUUACGAGAAGUUUGCUACUCCGGAUCUGGAGCGGAAGGCCUUGGAGGCUCACUUGAAAGAACGUAUUCGUUCGGACAUCACAAUGCUGUGUAAGGAUACGUGUGCCGUCGACUGCCCUGACACGCUUCCAAACUUGCGGUUCAAGAUAAACGGAGCAGCUGCCUCUCAUAUCGGAGCAGGCGUAUCAAGGCCUCCUCUAUCGACAGCGGGCUCAUCGUCUGCUGCCCCCACUACGCCCUCACUUGCUGCCUCUCCUCUCCCCCGUCAGCCUUCUCAGGCGUCUUUCAACGGCUCCUUUGCGAGCACCCGCUCUGAUAAUACACUUGCCAAAAAGGUUGCUAUGCAGAACCUAAGGGACUCUGCGGAGCCUCCAUCGCCGGUUACCCCGUCAUAUGAUUUGCGCCGAGUACCGUCCGGUGUUGAGAUGGCCAAGAAGCACGGCUAUAUGUCUGAUUUCAUGGUAGAAGACGAGAACCAGUCCGAACCCCCAUCUACCCCAAGCCUGGCGGAUACUGAUAGUAUAAGCCCUCGAGACAGUGUCAUUGUAACCCCAUCACGGGUCACGCCCCAUGAUCAGUCCAAUGAAGGACUUCGAAUUGUCGAGGAUGGGCGAAGGAUCAUCUAUCAUGAGCAGUCUGACAUGGAUGCAAUCGCGAGCGGAAUGGUGGAAUUCCACCGCCCGAUUACUGAUGAUGACGAGCCCAUCCAGCUCACAAAGGAGAAGCAUGGAGAGAUUCCUGACAAUAAGGUCACCCGCCAAUCUCUCGAUUCUCCCCUUCCCAGCCUCCCUAGAAACGCGGACCUUCAUUCUAAGUCAAGGGAGAAGGAACUCAACGUAUCCAGGGAAGAGCCAGAGUCUAAGAUUCCUAUGACACUGGAACACCAAAAGGCAAAUACGACUGACGAGAAGCUCUUGGAUAAGAGUGCUCCGGAACAUCCUCCAAAGCAGGAGGCUGAAGGGGCUGGCAGGAACGACAUCGUCCAGGCUCCUCAAAAGGUUGAACCUAUUCAGGAUCAGGCCAAUGCUUAUGAGGAGACAGAGAUUACUCGAAAUUCUCAGGGCAGCCAGUGGGAGCUGGUCGAGGCCGUAGAGGCACCUCGCGAGUAUGCUGCUGAAGUUGGGGCCAUCUCUAAAUCCGAGACUAGCUUUGGAACUACACCUGCGGCCAGCAUUCGUGACGAUACUGAGACUAAGGAGAUUACCACACCCGAUGUCCUCGUGAGUACUGCUGCUCAGGAGCAGUUGCCCCAACAAGGGGAAGAGGAGGCACAGACCUUCAAUGACUCUGAAGUACAGACACCCAAAGCCGACCCUGUUGUUGCUGAGACGUCGGAUAUUCCACACAUUGAGGCUGCACAGGAGGCACAUGAUAUUUCUGUACUAACCUAUUUCCCCAAACCUCCUUCUAUUCACUCUCAGACGGAGGAUCCCAGCGAGCUACCUCAGGUCGACAGUGCUCUGAUAUCUGAGGGAGCAACAGCCCCCAGUGAUUCUAGUAUCUCUGCAGAGGAGGAACCCAAGGACAAGGAGAGCCAAACACCACCUGUAAUGGAACAUAUUGAGGGUACACCUUCGCCUUCCUAUGCCAAAUCAUCUGCUCGGCCUUCCAUGGCUGUGGAUACUAAAGAGAAGGAAGAGCGACAUGCUCAGGCCGCAGACAUGGAGGUCGAGUCUUUCCCAGAGAUGGUUACUCACUUCUUGGAAACCGUCCCCGAGGACACUCUUCUCGAGCCUACUGCAACUGUCGCCGAGGAUAUUCAGGUGAUCUCAACUGAGUCACCUGAAUCACAGGAGGUGCCUACAUCUCUUGACGAGCGUCCUUACAUGCCUACUAUUGCCUCGGCGCCCCCGGAGAGGCUUCCGCUCCAACAGGAUUUCUUCCCUUCCACAGAAGAGAAAGAAGAGGGACAAGAGUCAUCUCGAAAGUCAUACAACAUGUCUGACUUCUCUGAUGCCCUUUCUCGACCUCGGGCCCGGCCUCGUACCAACACACUCCCUGAGCGUCGUUACUCAACAGCCUUGGCUCUUGAGAUUGACCUAAGCGCUCACCACGAUCCUGAUGAUGAGGAAGACUCGGCCAUUGAUGAUGCUCCUAAGAGUGCUAAUGGCACAUGGCGUCCGUACACGCUUCAUAACCGCCAGCCGUCAGCUGGCUUUAUUGGCUUGCCAGAACAGCGUCGCCUACACUCUGUUGGACUUCGUAGCGCUGUAUUGCCCUACCGUUGGCAACAAAUGCGCCGUGAGCAGGCUAUCUGGGAAGGACGUCCAGGUACAUCACAUAGCGAGGCAUGA